GGCAACUGGUCACCUUAGCACCACGGCUAAUCAGAAUUUGGUAAAACACCAAAACCGAUGCGGUGAGGAUAUUUAGAAUCCAUUUGAAUUCUGAUCCAGAAUUUCUCAAAGUGCUGUGUUGUCUUCACAUCGAAACAGUGAAAAGGGGCCAGAACUCGAGAUUGUUUUGUCCACAAGCAGAAUCCUUUUUUUCAUACAGGAAUAAAAUAUAACACAUUACAGCUCAGGGAGUAAAGACCAGAGUACAGCCCGAGUCAGUGACCUAUCUUAUAUAUUACCAGUCAGAGUCGCUGUUUCAAUUCACAAAUAGACUCGAUUUUAUACUACCCAAAACAAUGAAGCAUGUUUGAUUGGACGGACAGCUGAAAGCUGAUCUUAUACAUCAGAUCUAGUUAGCGUCAAACAAGCGUAUGUAGCAGCUAUAAUGCUAUGUGUUGUCUUUCAAAGUUUACGUGUAUGUUGCGUCAUAUUCCCGUAUUCAUUUUUAUGUAUAUUUUUACCUGGUUUUUUUUGUGGUCAUUUUUUUCACCCAGCUUGUCCAGUGAUUGUUCCCCGUAGAGACUGGGGAGCCCGGAGUGCCAGUCACAUAAACAUGGCGUCCACGCCCACGGGUGUCGUGAUCCAUCACACCGUCACCCCCAGGUGCUAUAAUUCCAACGACUGCAAAUACUGGAUGAGGGCCAUACAAAACACGCAUAUGAACGACAAUGGUUGGAAUGAUAUCGGUUACAACUUUGCUAUUGGUGACGAUGGUUACGUGUAUGAAGGACAGGGCUGGGGUAAAGUCGGGACUCAUACAGGAGGAAAUAAUGUAAAGAACCUGGGUUUUGCCUUCAUCGGAACUUUCACGAGUGCCGUUCCUACCGUUGCUGCCAGGACCGCCGCGUUGAACCUAAUUAACUGCGGCGUUAGCCUUGGGAAACUGUCAAGCAACUAUCGUAUCCGGGGUCACCGAGAUUUGGGCCAGACGUCCUGCCCAGGGAACUACCUCUAUACCGUCAUUCAGGGUUGGCCAAACUACGGCUGAGCGGAGAAUUCGAACUGGAUUAUAUACAUUCCACCAUUGGGAAUGUCAAACGAAACAUAUUAGCCGACACAAGUAUAAAAUAUCUGUAUAUACAAACAUUAUUUGUAUAUACACACAUGACCGAAGAAUCCGAACGGAUUAAACCUAGUGACAUUGUGACUGUAAACUGAAGCAUCUUAGCCUACACUGUAAAAACAUUUCUGUAUAUAUA